CUUACUUCAUUGAAAAAGAUACAACAUUCAAUACAUUUAAUUUGAUCGUGCAUUUGAAAUUUUAAAAUAAAUUCUCAAUGGAUAAAUUUGGUGUACCAAAAAAAAUUAAUCGCCAUGUCAUCAAAGCCGUUUAUGAUCAAGAAUAUGAUAACAUGAACUUUUCAAAUAUUUGUAAUACAGUUGAAUUAACCAUGAAAAACAAUGUUCCCGUGGCUAAUCUUCAGAGUGCAGUAAGGCAAUCACUGCGAAAUUUAUGCAAAUUGGGUGCUGUUGAAAAGCGAGGAAUCAAUUAUUAUAGAACAUCUAAAAACCAAGAAGGACAUACAGAAGUCCCCUCAAAGCGUAUUCAUACAAGAAUAUUUAAAAGAACAGUACAAGAUGAACAAAAAAGUACUUUAAAUCCAAACAAACGAAAUAGGCGGGCGCUAAGCGAGGAUUCGCUUUCAGAAGACAAUACAGAAAAUUCUAGAAAACGCCUUCGCACAGACAAAUUACUUUCCCGGAAAGGCCAACAAGUGUAUUUGCCAAAGGUUCGAAUACAAAAACAGGAAUAUCAAUUAAGCCAAACAAAUGAACUGAAACAAGAUUGGUUUUCUCGUAAUGGAAGUGAUUUGGAAGAUAAGAUGGAACAUAAAGAACCUUUUCCAAGCCUUCACUUAGAACCUCAAUGUAGUCCUGGGACUUUUGAAGCGAAAAUGUUGCAACAAUCAGAAUUUCCUAAAUUAUAUGAGAACAAUGGAAAUUUGCUUCAAUCACCUAAUGAUAUUGAACAUGAAAUAAUUGAUUCCGAAACACAAAAUCAAGAAUUUCCGAAAUGUGACGAUGUUAUCAUCCUUUUUCAAAAUGCCAAAUCGAAUGGAUCAAACGAAUCACAAUCGGAUGAAGAAAACGAAUUCAAGGCCCAUUCGGAAAAUAAUCAAAAUAAAAAUAAUGGAAAUAACGAGGAUAACGAACAUAUUGCAUUAAAUUCUGAACCAGACAACAUAAACGAUAUAGGGCAUCGCGAAAAUAUAAAAGAUAAGUCCACGGAGAAAAUGAUUGAGGCAAAACAAUCAACCAAGACUAUAGUGGAAAAAUCAAAAGAAGACUGAGUUCGCUAGUCAAACUGUAACUUCAUAGUAAUGUAUAGUUUUUGUUUUUCCUGUUAAUAAAUUACAAAAUUA